CCAGGCGCACUUCUCCGUGCAUUGUUUCGGAUCAGCUGUGCAUGGAUCCGAAACCCCACCCAACGAGGAAGGGCAAGCCAUAGGGAGACAGACGGAUAGAGACUAAGGAGAGGGAGUCGUCAGGAGCUGGGUUGGAAUUUUAACGCUAUCAGAAAAAUACUGCGUUUACGCACAAAACGGCGAUUCGCGCACAAAUAGAUUCACCCAGUCAGUAUUUCUCGUUCUCUCUGUGCGCGAUCUCAGCACGGCGGCGGUGUAGACAGUCAGCUGAUAUUUUGUUACAACAAUAUCCUUCACCGAGCCGCUUUCCAAGAUGAUCGCCUUGAUUAACAAGCUCCUGGACUGGUUUAAAGCACUGUUUUGGAAGGAGGAGAUGGAAUUGACACUGGUCGGUUUGCAGUAUUCGGGGAAGACCACCUUUGUGAACGUGAUUGCGUCUGGCCAGUUCAGUGAAGACAUGAUUCCCACUGUUGGCUUCAACAUGAGGAAGAUCACCAAGGGAAACGUCACCAUCAAGCUGUGGGACAUUGGAGGACAGCCGCGGUUCCGGAGCAUGUGGGAGCGGUACUGCCGAGGAGUCAGCGCCAUCGUGUACAUGGUUGAUGCUGCUGACCCAGAGAAGAUUGAGGCCUCCAAGAAUGAACUGCACAACCUGUUGGACAAACCCCAGCUCCAGGGUAUCCCUGUCCUCGUUCUGGGAAAUAAAAGGGAUCUUCCAGGUGCCUUGGAUGAGAAGGAGCUGAUAGAGAGAAUGAAUCUGUCUGCCAUACAGGACAGAGAGAUCUGCUGUUACUCCAUCUCCUGCAAGGAAAAGGAUAACAUUGAUAUCACACUACAGUGGUUGAUCCAGCACUCCAGAACCAGGCGAAGCUGAGACCUGAGACAAGAACCCAGAUGGCGCCAUCGUGAUACCACCUGUACCGCUCCCCUCCCCCUGUAACUUCUCCCUCUUCUUCACCCAAAAUCUUUCUCCCUUUCUGUAAAAAAC